UAUUGGAAAAUUUUUGAGGUAAGACGUUUUCGCUGGUAUUUAAGCCACGGUGGGAAUCAAAAUCGCAUAGUUCCAGACAAGAUUACACACAGUCAGUACCUCAUAAAAAUGGUCAAGUUUUUGGUAAUUAUGGCGGUAUUGGUGGCUGCGGCUCUAGCUUACCCAGGUAGCCCCGAUGACCACGGAAGUCACGGUCAUGGUGGUCAUGAUGAUGGCCAUCACGAUGGCCAUGGCCACGAAGGCGGUCACGGAAGCGACGGUCACGAUAGUCACAGCCACGGAGGUCAUGGGGGUUCUGAAGGUAGCCACGGCAACGGCGGCGGCGGCGGCGGCGGUGGCGGAUAUGGCCAUCAUCAUUAAACUUUCUUGUUUUUGUAUAUGUAUGCUUCAAAAAGUGAUACCGAUCGACUUUUAAUUAUAUCUACCAGCAAUUAAAUUUUGGAUACUAAAA